AUGGUGUGGACACUAGACUUGAAAGCAAAAGUUUCGAGCAUGCAAGCAUUAAAGAGGCAACAAUGGAUGGUAGCCCAUAUGGCUGUGGCAUUGGGGUCGAUCAUUCAAGGGAUCAGCGAGGCACAAGAAUCAUCUGCAGAGUUGAAAAGGCUCCGGGCUAUGCAUGGGCACUUGCGAAGAACGCCAGAGAGUGUUGGCAGAGCGACCUUCGGGGAAUCAGUGGUGCUGACUGUGGACAAGGAUCGACUGGAGGAGAACGUGAAGGACGUCAAGGUUCGUCAUGCGUGCCAGAUUGUGGAGAUGAUGCAUGAGAGUGAGGUGAUGAAGAAGAACCACACAACAGUGAGCCAUUUGAACAUGAUGUUGGCCAAUGUCCGUCACGAGCUUGAGGAAGAGAGGGCCGUUUUCCACGCAGUUCAAUGA